AGCGAAAUCUGGGCUCAAGCUCCGCAAAAUGUCCACCUGUCCUUUGGGCUAUGGAGAUACGAAAGCCGAGGACCAAGCAAAAGUCCCUCAUGACCAAGCUGAGUCCUCAACGAAAGCUGAACCUCUGAGUGGGGAGAGGGAGAGGUCGACGAUACCAUCUGCAGACGGUUCCAAUUUUCUGUACCCUUCAGAGAAGCAGUUCUAUGCUUCAGCCACUGCCAAGGGACACCAGUUGAACCCCAACGACAUGAGUAUGGUCAUUGCUAUCCAUAAUGCUGUGAAUGAGAGGACCUGGCAAGAUAUCCUGAAGUAUGAGUGGCUACACCAUGAGGACUGUGCGGAGCCGAAGCUGAUUCGCUUUUUGGGGAGACCUGGAGAACUGACACCCAAGGCGCGCUUGGGCAGCCUCUUUGGUCGGACAUUGCCCUUUGAUCGUCAUGACUGGCAUGUGGACAGGUGCGGCAAGCAUGUUAGAUAUGUCGUGGAUUUCUAUGAUGGUCAGCAAAGUGCCACCCAUCCCGUGUCCAUCCACAUCGACGCCCGCCCGGAAGUUUCCUUUGACGGGCUCAAGGACAGGUUGCUACGUUGGUGGCACGGAUGAGGCGGAAAAGAGCUCGGCGUUGCUGCCAAUGC